AUGUGUCACCAUCAAGUCAAAAGCCACAGGGGUCCAAAUCCCUUGUCAGUAGAGAAUAUAUGGGACUCAGAGGUUGGAAUUCCCAAUAGAACAGGAGCUAAAGCUACUUCUUCAGAAGUACAUGAGAUAUUAACAGUUACAGAUAACCAUAAUGUUACAACUCCUCCAGCCUGGACAUCAUUAAUUUGGAAAUGUAAAGGGGCUCCAGAACUCAUCCCACAAGAGGUUGACCAACCCUUCCUCCCUCCUCCGGAAGUACCAGAGGGGAUAGAGGAAGAACAACAGGAAGAGGAAGAAGAGGAAGGAGAUGAAGAUACUCCUCCACCAUCAUAUGAAUUUGAUAGAGAUGAUGAUGAGGAUGAUGACGAGGUUGAAGAUGAACCCCGCGCCCAAAGGAGCAGGGUUCAAGAAGACCAUUUUUCGGAGGAAACCUCUAAUGGUGAAGACCACUUUUUAUCCUCUUGGCGAUGA